UCAAACCUUUUGAUUAAACGAUAAUACAUACAAUGCUAACGCUGAUAGUUUUGAGUUCACUGGUACUUGGGGGCCUCGCCAGUCCGGUUGAUGUUCAGCCUGAAAUUAUCAUGGAUUCAACUGGCCAUCCGCAUCUAGUUAAUCUAGAUCCAUACGAAAUAAAGGAUGUCGAAUUCGAGCCCCUCUUCAAUGCCGAGGAGGAUAUGUCCUUCCGACUGUUCACUCGUCUGAAUCCAGAUGUAGGCCAAGUCUUGCGUUGGAACGAUCCUUCAAGUAUUUUCAACUCAAAUUUCAAUCCGAGCCAUCCAACACGCUUCACUAUCCAUGGCUGGAGGGCUGACGGUGAAUCCGAUCUGCAUAGCAUGAUUCGCUAUAACUAUCUCGCGAGAGGUGAUUUCAACGUUAUCAGUGUCGACUGGGGACAAGGAUCGAAAACUAUCAACUAUUACACCGCCAGGAAACGAGUUUCGGAAGUGGGAGAUCUCGUAUCGAGACUAAUCGUUACACUGAGCGACACCACUGGGAUUUCUCUCGAUAGUAUAAACGUUAUUGGUCAUAGUCUGGGUGCUCACGCCGCUGGUAACGCUGGUAAAUAUCUGAACGGUGCUCUAAACACGAUCGUUGGCUUGGAUCCAGCUGGUCCGUUCUUCUCCGAGGGUCAUGAUGAUAUAUUGAGUAGUGGAGAUGCUCGGUACGUCGAAGCCGUUUCCACAAACGCCGGCACGUUGGGAUUCAAGCAGCCACUAGGUCAUGCUAACUUCUAUCCGAAUGGAGGUAAAUCCCAACCAGGAUGUGGAAUUGAUCUUAUUGGAACAUGUGCGCAUUCCCGGUCAUACGAAUAUUUCGCCGAAUCGUUGAUUACUAGAGUAGGUUUUGUGGCGAUAGGGUGCGAAACUGUUGAUGAUGCUAUUGCCGGAAGGUGUAACGGGCACGGCGCAAUAAUGGGAGGUGAGCCGUCAAAUCGUGGAUUCGAUGUCUAUGGGAUUUUUAGAUUCAACACGAACUCCGCAUCACCGUUUGCACAGGGUUAUGUAUAUUGAUUUUGGGAUGUAACUUACAUUAUGUUGUAAAACGAACUUGUGAUAUUGAUUAUAUUGAUCUUAACUACUGUUAUAUGAAUAAUACAUUUAAAUUCAUU